UUGAAAUAAUUUCAACUCUUUUUGGGAUCCCACAACUGAUUUACGCAGUAGUUUUUUACAGAAAUAAAUGGGGAAUGAAGAAUUUGAUAGCCCAGCUGCCGCGCGUCCACGUGAAUUGUGCGACACGGCCCUCACGUCCGGAGGAUAUCUUUGAAAGUGAUCUUUUUUGUAUAUUUUAUGUAAGAAUCAACCUUUAAUGUUCACUUCUUCCGCUGCUGGUUUCUUCUUAGAUAGGCUCCCUUUGAUUCUUCUUCGACCAGCUUUAGGAAGGAAUCUAUUUAUUGCCAAAGGUUCAUAGUCACCUGUAAUCUCGAAUGAGUUAGCUUGGCUCAGCAAUUGGGAAGUAUGCUUUUCUCCGCGCUACUUACUUCAGUUGGAAUCAAUCUCGCCCUUUGUUUCGUCUUCUUUGUUUUCUAUUCUGUAUUGAGAAAGCAGCCCAGCAAUGAAGACGUUUACGCUCCUCGGUUACUCGCGGAUGGGGAAUCUCAGGGGAGAGCUCGUUUUGAAUUGGAUAGGUUACUGCCGUCCGCCGGCUGGGUUGCGAGAGCCUGGCGACUCACAGAAAGCGAGCUCUUAUCAGUUUCCGGUCUGGACGCCGUUGUUUUCAUGCGAAUUUUUAUAUUCAGCUUUAAAGUGUUUGCAUUUGCUACAGCAGUUGGGAUCCUCGUUCUCCUCCCCUUCAAUUACAUGGGGAAUCAGCUGAGUCUUGAUUUUACUGACUUGCCUAACAGAUCCCUGGAAUCAUUUACUAUUUCAAAUGUUGAUGAUGGGUCAAACAGGUUAUGGAUUCACUUCUCAGCAGUGUACGUAUUCACGGUGUAUGUUUGCUAUCUUCUCUAUGCUGAGUAUGACCAUAUUGCAUCUAAAAGGCUUGCCUUUUUUAAUUCAUCAAAGCCCAAGCCACACGAGUUCACUGUUUUAGUUCGAAGUAUUCCACCAUCCCCAGGGAAGAGCUACACUGAAGUUGUUGAGAGCUUUUUUAUGGAGUACCAUCCUGAUACGUAUCUCUCACACUCUGUUGUCCGGCGGACAAGCAAACUUAAAGGCCUCAUUGAUGAAGCUGAUAAGCUGUACAGGAAACUAGCUCGGUUGAAAACAUUAGACCAUAGUCAAGAAAGAUUUGGCCGUGCUGGCUUCAUGGGGAUCUUUGGGCCUAGAGUUGACCUUUUGGGCCACUAUGAAAUGAAGCUAGAAGAUAUAGAAUACAAAGUUAGAGUGGAACGAUCUUCAAAGGAGGUGCAAGCGGCUUUUGUAUCCUUCAAAACACGAUUUGGGGCAGCAGUAGCUUUAAACAUCAGACAAAGCAGCAAUCCCACUGAAUGGGUUACUGAGCCAUCUCCUGAUCCAGAGGAUGUAUAUUGGCCCUUCUUUUCAGCUUCAUUUUUCAAAAGAUGGUUUUGCAAUGUUGCUGUUUAUACUGCAUGUGUUGUACUUACAGUUCUGUUCCUUAUACCUGUUCUCAUAGUACAAGGUCUUACCCAUCUAGAGCAGCUGGAGAUUUGGUUCCCCUUUCUAACAGGAGUAUUGCGAAUGUGAGUAUGUAGUUCUUGUCACAGUAAUGCAUUGUUCUCCCAUGUAAUGAAGAAGAAGAAGAGGGGGGGGGGGGGGAUGAUUUUAACAUUACCUCAUUUGGGUAUAGUAGAUGGAAGGGGAUGAGAGGAGGCAUUUAACAUUUUAAUUCUGUACUAUAUUAUCAUUAUUUUAUGAAAUUUAAUAAUAAGUAAUCAGUUUAGAUCAAGCAACAAUUACGAAUAGUUCAUUAUAUUUCUUAACAAACAUAUUUGGUAUAUUUAAAUAUAAGACAUAUUUUUUUAUAGAUACAACAACAACAACAUCCCAGUGCCGCAAAGGCUCUCACUGAUGAGAACCCAGCCCAUUUAGAUAUUAAUAAUGAAAGGGAUUUUUCCAGAGUUUAUAGUAGGAGAAAUAAAAGGGCAAAGGAGUAAAAGCAUAAUUAAUGGGGGGAGCUGGGUCGGCAGAUUGGGGAAUAAAACGGGAACCAAGGGAGGAGAAUAGGCAUCGGGAAAUUUGGAUAGACUGGUUUUGGAGAGAGGGGCCCUCUCGAAAGGCUUCCAACUUGUUUUUCUCUUUCAACAAAUAAUCUUCCUGAUCAUUGUGUUCCAGGAUUCAGUAAUUUUCUUUCAAUAAAAUUUUCAGUAUUUCAGUUCUUAUCAUUUGGUAUCAGAGAACGAUCACUGUACCUGUGUAUGGUAUUCACUCGAUCAAACAUGGAACAACGACUUGAAAGUUUGGAGCGAUCUGUAGAGAUUUCCAAGGAAGAGAUCCGAGCAGAGAUGAGAGCAUUGAUGGACGAGAAAGUGCAGUUGUUGCUGGACAAGAUGCAAAGCUUCGAAGUUCAGGGCCAUCACAGGAGAAGAAGAGGACGGUCACCCACCCAUCGACGGCGACAACCUUCUGCCAGCGUGAGUUCGUCCAAGUCAGGAAGUAUUUCUCAGGGUUCUCGAUCCUCUUCUCGUACCCCUGAACCGACGGGAAUUAACGAUCGAGUAUAUACGGGACGAAAGGUGGAUUUACCGCUUUUUAGUGGGAACGAUGCUUACGGAUGGCUUAUCAGGGUGGAACGCUAUUUUAAACCAUGGUUACAGAAAUCGCUAGACAUGCCACGGUCUGCGUUCCGGAUGGCGCGUUCUGGAUCGCGGUACAGUAGCGCGCCGCACGUGUCAGGGUCGCGACUUCGGUACGAUGGUCGCCGUUGCUGUAGCUGGUCUCUCUCGCCGUCGAUGGUUGCUGACUGGUCGUCGUUGCUGGUCGCAGACUCUGCUUCGCGAUUUUAGAUGGGUGAUGCUAGGCGCGCCUCCGACUUUACUUUGCGCACCUAUUUUUUAUCAAAUCUGGACAAGUAUGUCCAAGCCAAAUCUGCCGCACCACUAGUCCACAACUUAAUAACCAAGCUAAGCCUCUCUCCCUUGCUUCAUAUUGAUUUUUAAUUUUAAUGGGCCUUGUUGCAUUUUUCCUUUGUCCUUAGUCAAAUCUGCCGCACCACAACGUAUUAACCAAGCUACGCCUCCCCUGAUUAAGUGAUUUUGUCCAGUUUUGCAUUUUGCUCCCGUCUCAUUAAGUUUGUUCAUACCAUAUUUGGUUAGAUUUGAGUGAUUACAAUUCAUUCUUAUUUUAUCCGCACUUUAUCAAUUCAAUACUAAUCACACAAUUCUACUUUUUCUUAAAAGAUGUGUCACACCUCUUUGUUCCAAACAUAGUGGGAGGUAGAACUAUAUAAAUAUUAGAAAUUCAUUAUUAAUGCUUUUAUAAACUAUUUACAAUCUUCUUAUAUAAUGGAUGGUGAAUCUGAAAAAUUAUCUAAAAAAUAGUACUCUUAAUUUUUAGACUUAUGAGGUAUUCAUCUGCCCCACUAUUUGUAUAUUAGUUCUUCUUUUUAUGUGUUUCAUUAUGUUUGUAGUAUACGAUAUUCAUUAAUAUUUUGAUGAUCACGUAUAUAUACGUUUUCAUUCAAAAACAUAAAUGUUUUGUUUUUAAUUUUGUGCAAUUCUAUAUUGGAUUAUAGAAUAAGUAACAUUUUUAAUCUUAGUAAACCAAAAGAUUUUCAUUUUUUAUUUGUUUGACUAAUUUCGAAGGUGGAGGGCCCCACCGUUUAAAACUCAAGCGGCACCAUGUCCAUGUUGAUUCUGCAUUACAACCAUAUAUGUUAUAUGACUAGAUUUAUGAUGCGAAUGAUAUUUAGAAUGUUUUUAAUUGAACUGAUUUCGAUCCAGAUAAAUUCAAUCGAAUUAGAUCAGAUUAGACUAGACUGUGUUUUUUAAUUGACUAUGUUUUUUUUAAAUUUUUACAUAUAUGAUAUUGGUGUCAAAUGAAAGAUCAUAAAAAAUUAUUUAAUUUGAUAUAAUUUUUAUAAAAAUAGGAGCAAAAUUGAAAAAGUUAAAACAUUUUAUAAAAAAAGGAAAAUUAGCCACAUGGCAUCAAGUUAUUGGAGGAGAAUAAAUGUUCAAAUUGUUAGAUGGUGCGCCUAUUUUUAUUUCAAAGAAGCACGGCCCAUUUAAAAAACAUGAGAUGCUUGAUAAUGUGGUGCGCCUAGCAACAUUUAAGGACAAAUUUGUCCAGAUUUGACAAAAAUGGGCGCGCAAAGCAAUCAUGAAGGCGCGCGGAGCAGAGCCGUUUUGGAUCUAGGUCUGCAAAGUUACUGAAAAGCCGUUCUCUAAAUUCCGUUCUUUUUUGGUAAACUUAAAAGCUGUUCUUUUUUUUUUUGGUAAAGUUAAAAGCCGUUCUCUAUUUCUCUUUGUUUUUCACUAUAAUUUCUCUCAUUUUUUGUGGGUCAGUUGACUGGACAGUUGGACCAUAUCUUUACUUCUUUAGUUUUGGACUAAGUAUUACUCCUUAUUUAGUAUUGAAUACUUUUAACAUACUAUUUACCUGCAAACUUAACUUUUCAUAUUUAGUUCUUGUAGUUUAACUCUUAUUUAAAUAUUAUUUUAUAAUUUAUAAAUUUUAUAUGUUAGGAUGUUUUUACUUGGACUGUAAUUUGCCCCAGACCAGACCAGACCAGAUCAGUUCAGACCAGACCAGACCAGUUCAGACCAGACCAAACCAGACCAGACUUGGAUAGUUAUAAAAAUACAAAGAAACCAGACCUUACCAGACCAGACCAGACCAAUUCAGACCAGACCAGAUCAGACCAGACCAGACCAGCAAAUUGCAGUUCAAGUAAAAACAUCCUUAAUGGUACACCGUACCAUAAUAUAUGGUACAACGUACCGCGUACCGAAACAGCGUACCGAAGAAGCCUACCCCCUACGUAUCGGAUUUUAGAUAUGAGCAAUCCGCGAUCCCGUUUUCGUUCCGUGUUCCGGAGCGUAUCGUGAUCCAUGUGACUAUGUUUUAAACUAAAUCAAGUAUCCGAGAGUGAUAAAGUGGAAGUUGUCCUGAUGGCCAUGACCGACAGGGCUCUGAACUGGUAUCAAUGGUGGGAUGAACAAACUGAUGACCAUUCCUGGGGAAAUUUUAAGGAAGCAUUGAUCCGACGUUUCCAGCCGGAAUUAGUUCAGAACCCGUUUGGCCCUAUGCUCAAAAUUAAGCAAACUAAUUCAGUCAUGGAGUACAGGGAUCACUUCGAAAAGGUUGUAGCUCCCAUCAAAAUUGCUGACCCAGAGAUGCUAAAAGGAGUAUUUUUCAAUGGCCUCAAAGAAGAAAUUAGUUCAGAGCUGAAGUUGCACCGGACCACGGGGAUAACUGAUCUUAUGGACACCGCCCAGCUUGUAGAACAGAAAAACCUGACAUCAAAAGGGGGAAAGAAUAAGGAAAUAGACAGACGAGGGUGGAUAAGUACGGGAAUGAAUUCAUCCAAAGGUCAGUACAGUGCGGAAGGAAAUAUAGGAAAAUUUGUCACACCAAAAAUUCCUAUGCUGGAGAGGGACCAUUCAGAAGUUCAACAUGAACAUUCUAGCGGGUUGAAUAAACAAUGGAAGGGAGGACCAAGACUGUCUCAAGCUGAAAUACAAGAUAGAUCUAGAAGAGGACUAUGUUUUAAAUGUGGGGACAAAUGGAGUAAAGAACACAUGUGCAAAAUGAAAAACUACCAGUUAAUGUGGGUAGAGUCAGUAGAAGAAAACGAGGAAGGUGAACCGCAGGUGUUGGAAACAGGGGAGAUUGAGGCUGACACAGGAGGAGAACACAACGAUAUGCAACUAUCGAUUUUAAGUAAGGAAGGAAUCAAUACUUAUAAAACUUUUACAGUCAGGGGACAAAUAAGGAAUACGAGCAAACGCAAAUCAAUCGUAAUCCUCAUUGAUUCAGGUGCUACCCACAACUUCAUUUCUCAGAGAUUGGUUGAUGAGAUGGGGCUGAAUUACAAUGUCAACACUGGGUUCAAGGUCGAAUUGGGAAAUGGAGAUCAUGUGGUUAAUACAGGAAAAUGUGAACAGCUCCAAAUUUGGGUGCAAGGGGAGUGUAUUACUCAAGAUUUCUAUCUCUUGGAACUAGGAGGUACUGAUUUGGUGUUGGGAAUUGCAUGGUUGGCAAGUCUGGGUGAGGUACAGAUAAAUUUCAGUGAUUUAUCCAUCAAAUGGAAGGAAAAAGGGGAAGAUAAGAUGCUCAAGGGAGGUUUUGAGUUAAACAGAACAAAGGCAUCAUGGAAAUCUGUCCUAUAGACUUUGCAACACGAAGGAGAAGGGUAUGCCAUUCAUUAUGAGGUAGCUGAUUCCAGCAAGCCAGAUCCAGAAACGGAGAAGGAUUGGGAGGAGCUAAUAAGAGAAUUCCCAAAAGUUUUUCAGAAGCAGGCAGGUUUACCACCUAAAAGAGCAUGUGACCAUGCCAUAAACAUCAAAGAAGGAGCAUUGAUUCCAAAUUCCCGGCCAUAUCGAUAUCCUCAUUAUAAAAAAGAUGAGAUAGAAAAAUUGGUGCAGGAAAUGUUGAACAGUGGAGUUCUCAGACCUAGUACGAGCCCAUACAGCAGUCCAGUCAUUAUGGUUAAGAAGAAGGAAGGAGGUUGGAGAAUUUGUGGAGAUUACAGGGCCCUUAACAAAAUUACAAUUCCUGACAAGUUUCCUAUUCCUAUCAUUGAAGAACUGUUAGAUGAAUUGGGGGAGGCUCAGGUAUUUUCCAAGUUGGAUCUGAAAUCCGGGUACCAUCAAAUUCGGAUGAAGGAAAGUGACAUCCCUAAAACUGCCAUUCGAACCCAUGAAGGACAUUAUGAGUAUGUCGUCAUGCCGUUUGGGUUAACCAACGCUCCCUCUACUUUCCAGGCUCUGAUGAACCACAUUUUGAAGCCGUAUUUGAGGAAAUUUGUCCUUGUUUUCUUUGACGAUAUACUGGUGUAUAGCAGAAACGUGGAAGAACACCGGGAACAUUUAGGGAAGGUGCUGAAAGUGCUUCAAGAGAACCAGUUGGUGGUUAACAGAAAAAAAUGCUACUUUGGGCAAAAAGAGCUUGCUUACUUGGGACAUAUCAUAUCAGGUAUUGGGGUCUCUGCUGAUCCCAGUAAGAUCCAAGACAUGCUCAACUGGAAAAGGCCUCAAGAUGUGAAAGGACUCCGGGGAUUUCUGGGGCUAACAGGCUAUUACAGAAGGUUUGUAAAAGGAUAUAGUAGAAUAGCAAAGCCUCUCACCGAUUUGUUAAAAAAGGAUGGCUUUAAAUGGACACGUGAGGCCACCAGUGCAUUCGACGAAUUGAAGGUAGCCAUGACUACGGUACCUGUGUUAGCUAAUCCCGACUUCAACAAAAUGUUCAUAAUUGAGACUGAUGCUUCUGGGCAGGGGAUAGGGGCUGUUUUGAUGCAGGAAGGCAGACCUAUUGCUUAUAUGAGUAGAGUACUAUCCAAUAGAAACCAAAAUAAGUCAGUAUAUGAACGGGAGCUGCUAGCAAUCGUGAUGGCCGUGCAAAAAUGGAGACCAUACCUAAUGGGCCGGAGUUUUGAAGUCCACACAGACCAGAAAAGUUUGAAAUUUCUAAUGGAGCAACGGUUAAUGGGUGAGGAGCAACAAAAGUGGAUCACAAAGCUGUUGGGAUACAAUUUCAGCAUUAAAUAUAAACCGGGUUUGGAGAAUAGGGCCGCGGAUGCACUGUCUAGGAAGGCUAGCUAUCAGGCUCUUUCAGUGGUGAGUUUCCAGGAAUGGCAGGGAUUAGAGGAGGAAUUGUUGCAGGAUACCAGGUGCAAUCAAUUAAUUCAGAACCUGGUGUCACAACCAGAAUCUCAACCAGGUUUUAAAUUGAGAAAAGGGUUAAUCUACUACAAAGAUAGACUCAUGUUGCCCAAGAAAUUUGCGAGAAUCAAUCAAGUGCUGAAAGAAUUCCAUGACUCAGCUUGUGGAGGACAUGCAGGGUACCUCAGAACUUUGAAAAGAAUAUCUAGUGUGCUGUACUGGGAGGGAAUGAGGCAAGAUAUCCAAGAUUAUGUGAAGAGUUGUGAGGUAUGCCAAAGGAACAAGUACCAGGCUCUAAGUCCUGCUGGGCUACUGCAACCUUUGCCGAUUCCAGAUCAUAUUUGGACUGAUAUUAGCCUUGAUUUCAUUGGAGGAUUACCUAGAACGAUGGGUAAGGACACCAUACUAGUGGUGGUUGACAGGCUAACCAAAUAUGCCCAUUUUUUGGCAUUGGGCCAUCCUUAUACGGCUAAGAGUGUGGCUGAGUUGUUUAUUCAGGAGGUGGUGAAGCUGCAUGGGUUUCCCAGGACCAUCGUAUCAGAUCGUGAUAGUCUAUUUUUGAGUUCAUUUUGGGCUGAACUUUUUAAACUUGCAGGUACCAAACUAAAAUACAGUACCGCCUAUCACCCUCAAACGGAUGGGCAGACUGAAGUGGUUAAUCGUUAUCUGGAAACGUAUCUGAGGUGUAUCACUGGUAACAGACCUAAGAAAUGGCCCCAAUGGUUACCUUGGGCUGAGUUUUGGUAUAAUACCAAUUAUCACGCCUCACUGCAGACUUCUCCUUUCAAAGCCUUAUAUGGCCAUGAGCCUCCAACUUUAAUCUUGGGAGAUGCUACAAGGACAGCAGUUGAAGAAGUAACCAAACUCACAGCAGAAAGAAAUGAAAUGAUCAAGGAGUUGAAGCAAAAUCUAGCCAUGGCUCAAAAUAGAAUGAAGCAACAGGCGGAUAAAAAUAGAAGGGAUGUUCAGUUGGAAGUUGGAGAUAGGGUGUUUCUCAAAAUACAACCAUACAAAAUGAAAAGUCUGGCAAAAAGGCUGAACCAGAAGCUAAGCCCAAGAUUUUAUGGCCCUUUUGAAGUCAUUGAAAAAAUAAAUCCAGUGGCUUACAAGUUAAAACUGCCAGAUGGUUGUAAGGUACACCCGGUGUUUCAUGUUUCUUUGUUGAAGAAAACUGUGGUUCCUAACAUUCCUACUCAACCUCUACCUGGAUGCUUAACGGAGGAGUGGGAACUUCAAACAGAACCUGAAGAAGUGUUGGCUGCUAGAGAGUCUAUCAAUGGGAGUAAGGAGAUAUUAGUUCAUUGGAAGGAUUUGCCUAGUUUUGAAGAUUCCUGGGAAGAGUUGUCUGAGUUUCAAUCAUUGUUUCCCAAUUUUCACCUUGGGGACAAGGUGAAUUUUGAAGGGAGGGGUAGUGAUGAGAACCCAGCCCAUUUAGAUAUUAAUAAUGAAAGGGAUUUUUCCAGAGUUUAUAGUAGGAGAAAUAAAAGGGCAAAGGAGUAAAAGCAUAAUUAAUGGGGGGAGCUGGGUCGGCAGAUUGGGGAAUAAAACGGGAACCAAGGGAGGAGAAUAGGCAUCGGGAAAUUUGGAUAGACUGGUUUUGGAGAGAGGGGCCCUCUCGAAAGGCUUCCAACUUGUUUUUCUCUUUCAACAAAUAAUCUUCCUGAUCAUUGUGUUCCAGGAUUCAGUAAUUUUCUUUCAAUAAAAUUUUCAGAGUAUUUCAGAAAAAUGGUGAUAGUCUUUCGCAUGCAACAGAAAAUAAAGAAUUAAAUAAGAGGAUGACUAAGGGUAAUCAAGAACAGAAUGAGAGUUAUGCAUAUCCAUCAUUUUCUCCUGCAAACAACCUUGAGCAAGCUACUACCGACAUCAAUCAUUGUGACGGUCUGAUGGCUGAAGCUCUCAAUCCAAAUGGGAAGGUUUUCCCACUUCAUGAUUGAAUUUUGAAGGGAGGGGUAGUGAUGAGAACCCAGCCCAUUUAGAUAUUAAUAAUGAAAGGGAUUUUUCCAGAGUUUAUAGUAGGAGAAAUAAAAGGGCAAAGGAGUAAAAGCAUAAUUAAUGGGGGGAGCUGGGUCGGCAGAUUGGGGAAUAAAACGGGAACCAAGGGAGGAGAAUAGGCAUCGGGAAAUUUGGAUAGACUGGUUUUGGAGAGAGGGGCCCUCUCGAAAGGCUUCCAACUUGUUUUUCUCUUUCAACAAAUAAUCUUCCUGAUCAUUGUGUUCCAGGAUUCAGUAAUUUUCUUUCAAUAAAAUUUUCAGAGUAUUUCAGUUCUUAUCACUCACCAACGGUGGGGGUAGGGGGGGGGGGUUGGAUGUAUGCAACCUUACCCCUGUACUACGACAUAGAGAGGAUAUAUUUUUAUAUAUACUAAUAUAUUAUGUUAUGAACUACUUCUCUAAACAUGUUUUAAAAAUUAUCUGUACAUAAUUAUGAACAUUCAUUUCCAAUAUAUUUAUAUAUUAUGACAAUCAAGAGAUAAUAGGUGUGCUUGUGUGUAAGGAACAGAGAUAUCUGAUCCAAAAAAGAACAAUAUGUGUGCAAAUAAGAAGGUAAUUUAGUCUGUAAGAAAAAAUGAAUACUAUUCAUUGUUUAUCUAAAAAUUCCCCUUCAAUUUUUUUUUUACCAAACAAGAAGGGAGCAAUCCCUUUCUCCUCUAAACACUGUUUAUGUUUUAUUGUUAUCUCAAGCAUAUCAGCAUGGUAUUAUUUAGUAAUUGUUUCUCUUUGCAUAUAUCUUAGCAAUUACUUAUGAUAAACUUUUUCUUUUUCACGCCAAUGAACACCACACAGGAAAUUUGUUAGUGAAGUGAUAACAGGAUAUCUUCCUAGUCUUAUCCUUCAGAUGUUUCUCUCUCUAGUUCCGCCUGCUAUGAUGAUCUUCUCAUCCAUACAAGGUUAUAUUGCACUUAGUCAGAUAGAAAGGAGUGCAUGCUUCAAAGUUCUGUGGUUUACAAUUUGGAAUAUCUUCUUUGCAAAUGCUUUAUCUGGGUCAGUUCUUUACCGUGUUGAAGUAUUUCUCGAGCUGAAGAACAUCCCUAGUAUGUUAGCUGUAGCUGUUCCAGGUCAGGCAACUUUCUUUAUUGCCUAUGUUGUAACAUCCGGAUGGACAAAGACCGCCUCUGAGCUUCUUCGGCUAAAACCCUUUGUUUCAAGUUUUUUUAAAAGGAGACUUUGCAACACAUCUAGUGAACAGUUUGAGGUUCCAUCAAUUCCCUACCACAGUGAAAUUCCACGGAUUCUUUUGUUUGGCGUUCUCGGUGUUACAUAUUUCUUCCUAGCACCUCUAAUGCUGCCUUUUAUUGUGAUUUUCUACUGUCUGGGAUAUGUUGUUUAUCGCCACCAGCUGCUAUAUGUUUAUGCACCAAAGUUCGAGACAGGUGGACAGUUUUGGCCAAUAGUGCAUGAUUCAACAAUAUUUUCAUUAAUCCUGAUGCAUGUUAUUGCCAUUGGAAUAUUUGGGUUAAAGAAGCUAUCACUAGCAUCCAGCUUAACCAUUCCUCUUCCAAUCCUCACUCUUAUAUUUAAUAACUACUGCCGGAGAAGGUUCUUACCAAUAUUCAUGGCUUAUUCUGCUGAGAGUUUAAUAAGCAAGGACAGAAGUGAUCGAAAUGACCCAACAAUUUCUGCAUUUUAUGAAAAACUGGAAACAGCCUAUCAAGAUCCAACUUUGAUGCCAGUCUCAUCUUCUAGAAGCAAUGACCACCAAACUGCACCCCUUCUUCACACACCAUAGGCAUAAAAGUGAAAGUCAUAUACUCAUGGUACGGCAACAUUUAAUAUAGCAACAAGUAGUAUGGCAUCGUGGCGUAACAACAUGUAAUAUUGGCAUCAUGGCAUAAGAAAGUAGUGCGUAGUCUUAAUCGUUGUAAAAUAUCUGAUGUUUCUUUUGGCUUUUUCUUCAACUUUUAUUACUUUUGUGUAAGGUUAAACUUUUUUUCCUGUGCAUUAUAAUAAUACAUAAAAAGCUUUUCCUUUUUUUUUGUGGGUCAUACUCAUGUCAAAUAUGAAUUAUUCACUUUAGACUCAUGCCAG